CAUUUGACGUUACAAUAAUCGUCGAACAGACCGCCAAAAAUACUUCAGUUCAACCAAAACAUUGAUUGCAAUUAUUUGCAAAAUAUUUUCCCGUGCGUACAAAUUCGUGACUAUCACCACUUUAUAUCAUUUAAAAUAAACUGUACCACAAAUUAAAGUUUUCUAGCAUUUUACAUUUGAUUUAAUAGCUCCAAUUGUUUAGAAAAUGGGAGAUUCCGAUGAAUGGAUGAAGUAUGUUAACGACCCAAGAACGGUCUGUAAAUAUACAAGUAAAUGCUAUCAGAAGAAUCCGGAACACCAUAAACGGUUUAAGCAUCCACCACAAAAGAUUGGCAAAGCAAUAAACCGGACUAGAGGCCGUUUAUCGCCAUACGCAAGGCCUUCUCCUGGUCGAUCACCUGCACGGCAAGAGAAGCAUGAGCCACCGAGCAGUAGCAGUGAGGAGGCAGCGGCGAAGACUGAUGAUGUCGCCAGUGAUAACAAACCUGAACAAUCAGAUGAACAAGAAACUGAAGAUCAAGCAGUCAUAGAUCUUCCUGAAAAAAUAACCUUUUAUGACAAAAGUACUGAUAAUAAUCUUCUAAAAGAAUUGUUCCUAGUAGAAAUGCCUGAUGACUUCUUUAAAUUUUUUGAGUGUAUUAGUGAGUGUGGUAAAUCAUUUGAAGACACAUUGUCGAGUGUGAACCUGAUGGCUAUUGGUCCAUUUGAACUGUUGAUGGGGAAGUUACCUAAGUUAGAUAAUAAAGAGCUGUAUUUAGUUCAUUGGCGAUUCUUCUAUGACCCUCCAGAAUUCCAGGCAAUCCUGAAGAACAAGAAGAAAGAUAGCCAGUAUCACAUUGGAUAUUUUCGUGAUGACCCCAAGGAGCCACCAGUAUUUGUUGCAAGUAAUGAUAGCGAGAAAGACUAUCACAUCACUCCUAUGGCCUACAAUUUAUUUGGAGCUGUUUAUAAAUACUUGCAAAAUGAGAAGAAACAUUCCCCAUUUACUUCAAUGGCAUGCCAAAAAGUAAUGGAUAAAAUUAAAGCUUAUGCUGAAAAGAACAAUAUUUCUUUAGAGGAAUUUAAUAUGAAAAAAAGAUCAGCUAGUGUGGUGACUAAAUCGUUCCAUGGUGCAGGCAUUGUGGUACCUUAUGAUAAGAAAACUCAACUAGGGUACAGACGAUUGGCGGAAACUGAUGCUACCCUGAAAAAAAUGUUUACAAAACUAGAAAAUGCUGUAAGUAAAACAGAGAAAAUAGAAGUACUCUCAGAAUUACAGCCUGUAAUAACCAAUAUUAAUAUUGCCCUGGAUGAAUCAGACUUUGGAACUGGUAUUGAGGGUGGCAUAGCCCUGUUUUGCUCAGGUUUACAAGAAUUGGCACAACCUGCCAUGAGUAGCUUGGUGUCUGCAUACUCUGUGCUAAAUAGGAAUCCAUUUGGAGACAUAAUAAAGGCGCAUAUUAAGUAUCGGCGUAAAGGACCUAACGUUUCGCUGUUGCACAUGUCUGCUCCAAAAUAACAAUUUGAACAAGUAACUGAAGAUCAAACUGUCACAUAUUUAGGAACUAAAAAUUUUGAAGCUGACUUUAUUUGAAGCCAAAGCUGACUCUCAUUUGAUGUAUUAGGUUAAUAAUGUCUCAAGUAAUAUUUGUGACUAAUAUAAUGUGUAUUGACUACAGUUUGCAUGAUAUUGCUUUCAAAAUGUAAUUUUGUAGCUUGAUAAAUAUGAAAACACCCAAACAGUGCCUUUUUCAAUUAUGUGUAAGUAUUUAUUAUAUAGUUUAUGGACAGUUAAAUAAAUUGAAGGAUAUAAUAUUUAAAGGGAAAAAAUAUAUUUUCCAUUUGAUACAUUUAUAAUAACAGUUCAAAACUAUAGUGUAAGUAGGUAGGUAAUAUUUUUGUAUUGUUUUUUAUUUAAUUUAAUUAUUUAAUACUGUAAUAAAUCAUUUGAUGCUUUUUAAAUAAA